AGUGCUAUUCUCUACUCUGUCAGUGCGGGGAAUGCGGCGGGUGAGACCCAGGCAACGCUGUGUACAUACAAACUUCUGCCCAAAAAAAAAUCAAUAAAUAGUUUCCUUUCGUCUUUUUGUCCAACGUUUGGGGGAUUUUACCAUUUGUGACUACUAACCCGCAGGAAGUACCGCUCACCAAGCUGAAAAUGCCUCGUAGACGACAGAGACACAUGGUCGGGAGUGGUUCAGAUGGAACUGAAGACUCUGACUCCUCCGCUGAGAGAGAACAAACCAACAGUUCAGAAAGUGAUGGAAACAUGCCCAAGAGACAGCGCCUCACCAGAGCCUCUACUCGCCUUAGCCAAAGUUCUCAGGAUACUCCCGACUUGAAGCGAGCUGCAGACCAGGAUGAAUCUCCACCAUUGACGCCCACAGGAAACGCCCCCUCCUCUGAGUCUGAGCUGGACAUCUCCAGCCCCAAUGCCUCCCACGAUGAGAGCCAGGCCAAAGAUCAAGCUAACAGAGACUCAGAUAAGGACCUCUCUCAUCGACCCAAGCGCCGCCGCUGUCACGAGACGUAUAACUUCAACAUGAAAUGCCCUACGCCAGGAUGCAAUUCACUUGGUCACCUUACAGGAAAACAUGAACGUCAUUUUGCUGUGUCAGGUUGCCCUCUUUACCACAAUCUCUCUGCUGAUGAAUGCAAGGUGAAAGCCAUCAGCCGUGAGAAGCAAGAGGAGGAGGUGAAGAGUCAGGAAGAAAACAACUCGCGCCAUGCAACUCGUCAUCAGACACCAACAUCAAAACAGAGCAAAUACAAAGAGCAGGUGGCUGAGAUGAGGAAGGGGCGAAACUCUGGCCUUCAGAAGGAGCAGAAGGAAAAGCACAUGGAGCAUCGGCAAACACACAGCAACACCAGAGAGCCUCUGCUAGAGAACAUCACCAGUGAAUACGAUCUGGAGCUCUUUAGAAAAGCCCAGGCCCGUGCAUCUGAAGAUCUGGUAAUGGGCUGUUUGAUAUCUCCCAUCAGUGUCACUCUUGAGAUAAGAUUUCAUAUAUUAAAACAAUCUUAUCACGUAUCUUCCCACCUGCAGGAGAAGCUGCGGAUCCAAGGUCAGAUCACCGAAGGCAGUAACAUGAUAAAGACCAUCCUGUUUGGCCGCUAUGAGCUGGACACCUGGUACCAUUCGCCCUACCCUGAGGAGUAUGCACGCCUGGGUCGCCUCUAUGUCUGUGAAUUCUGCCUCAAGUACAUGAAGAGCCAGACCAUUCUGAGGCGACACAUGGCCAAGUGUGUGUGGAAGCACCCUCCAGGAGAUGAGGUGUACAGAAAGGGGGGAAUAUCUGUGUUUGAAGUAGAUGGCAAAAAGAAUAAGAUCUACUGCCAGAACCUGUGUUUACUCGCCAAGCUCUUCUUGGACCACAAAACGCUCUAUUAUGACGUGGAGCCUUUUCUCUUCUACGUCAUGACUGAGGCUGACAACACUGGCUGCCAUUUAGUGGGAUACUUUUCAAAGGAGAAGAAUUCCUUCCUCAACUACAACGUAUCCUGCAUCCUGACAAUGCCACAGUACAUGAGGCAGGGCUUUGGCAAGAUGCUCAUCGACUUCAGCUACCUGCUGUCCAAAGUGGAAGAGAAGGUUGGCUCACCAGAGAGGCCUCUGUCUGACCUUGGCCUCAUCAGUUACCGUAGCUACUGGAAGGAAGUGUUACUAAGAUACAUGUACAAUUUCCAAGGCAAGGAGAUCUCCAUCAAAGAGAUCAGUCAGGAAACUGCAGUUAAUCCGGUGGACAUUGUGAGCACCCUGCAGUCUCUCCAGAUGCUCAAAUAUUGGAAGGGAAAGCACUUGGUGUUGAAGCGACAGGACCUGAUAGACGAGUGGAAAGCGAAGGAGAUCAAGCGCGGCAAUAGCAAUAAAACCAUCGACCCGAGCUCACUAAAAUGGACGCCUCCCAAAGGGACAUAAGCACUAAGAUCCUCAGGCUACUGAAUGAACUCACCUCCAGCCUCACCAGCCACAAGUAGCCUCGACCUACGAACUGUCAACAAAGACCAGUGUCCAUUCUUUCUUUCAUGAUUUUACCCUGCUUUAUUUGUAACUGAACUUUUUUUUUUUUUUUUUACUUUUAUAUUUUACUUUCCUUUAGACUUUUAAGCUCCAUACGUUCCAAGUCCAAUGAUUGUUGACUUUAACAUUGUCAAUUAACAGCAGAGAAUCUUUGUCCUGUUUUAAAACUGCCUACAUCUACUAAGCUUUGAAUGUUAAACGAUAAAUGGUCCAGUGUGGUGGAUAACAUGAAUGUUUUUGCUUUGCUCAUGCAAAAUAAUACAUACCUUUAGCAGCAUUUACAGGCUGUUAUUUUUAUUUCCUUUAAGAAAUGUGCGUUUUUGAAGAUGGUAGAUGUUUUUUUUUUUUGUUUGUUUGUUUGUUUUGGGAUUAACACAAUAAUUGUUAGCAUGAAUUGAUCAGUAAGCAGAGUGUAUUUUGAGGAGUACGAUGUAUGGUAACGUCUUUGGUUGGUGUAAAAUUGUAUAGAUCUUAAUAAUGUGUACUUUUUUUUCCAGCUCCAUCAAUACAGGAUUUGGACCCAUUCCUCUGAUGAACCUGCCAAACAAUGGAAAUAAUGAAUUAUAGAUAUUUUUAAUUUGCUCAGAAUAUGAUAAAAAAAAAUGACAAUACCACUGUAAGAAUGCACAUAGAAAUAAAACAACCUCAGGUUUUUAUACUGAUACAAUCAUACCUUGCUUGAGUGGUUUCUCCGAAACAUCGAUCGCAGUGGUUGUCGCAGGUGGAAUCCUCCUGGUUAGAGAUUCUGUAAUAAACAGAAAACCUUUCAACUCAACAUUUCAGUGGGACUGUAUUUGCCUUGCAAUUGGAAUCAUAGCUGUUAAAUGUGUAUUAGCAAUUUGAUAUUUUUAAUAU